UGCCGCUGCUCGUCGCUCUGUUGGCCGCGCCGACGCCCGCCCUGCCCGACAAGAUCGACAAGAUCCCCAUCGGUGCCAUCUUCGAGCAGGGCACGGACGAGGUGCAGGCGGCGUUCAAACUGGCGAUGCUGACGCACAACAAGAACACAUCGGGCCGCUUCGAGCUGCAGGCCUUCGUCGACGUCAUCAACACCGCAGACGCCUUCAAGCUGUCCCGGCUCAUCUGCGGGCAGUUCUCCCGCGGCGUGUUCUCGCUGGUGGGCGCCGUCAGCCCCGACUCGUUCGACACGCUGCACUCCUACAGCAACACCUUCCAGAUGCCCUUCGUCACGCCGUGGUUCCCCGAGAACGUGCUGGCGCCGUCUUCGGGCCUGAUGGACUACGCCAUCAGCAUGCGUCCUGAGUACCACCAGGCCAUCAUCGACGUGGUCCGCCACUACGGCUGGAACCGCAUUAUCUACUUGUACGACACGCACGACGGACUGCUGCGGCUGCAGCAGAUAUACCAGAGCCUGCGGCCGGGGAAGGACUCCAUCCAGGUGGAGGCGGUGAAGCGCGUCCAGAACACCUCGGAGGCGAUGGACUUCCUUCACAGCAUCGAGGAGAUCAACAGGUGGGCGAACAAGUACGUCGUCCUCGACUGCCCGACGGAGAUGGCGAAGGACAUCGUCGUCAGCCAUGUUCGUGACGUCACGCUGGGCAAGCGCACCUACCACUACCUGCUGAGCGGCCUGAUCAUGGACGACCGGUGGGAGACGGAGGUGAUCGAGUACGGCGCCAUCAACAUCAGCGGAUUCCGGAUCGUGGACUCCAGCCGGAGUUUCGUGCGGAACUUCCUGGAGGGCUGGAGGCGCUUGGAGCCGGACACGACGCCGGGCGCGGGCCGCGACUCCAUCUCGGCGCCGGCGGCGCUGAUGUACGACGCGGUGCUGGUGCUGGUGGAGGCGAUGAACCGGCUGCUGCGCAAGAAGCCAGACGUGUUCCGCGGCUCGCUGCGGCGCGGCCAGCUGCCGGGCAACGCGACGCGGGCGCUCGAGUGCAGCGCCAGCAAGGGCUGGGUCACGCCCUGGGAGCACGGCGACAAGAUCUCGCGCUUCCUGCGCAAGGUGGAACUGGAGGGCCUGACAGGAGACAUACGCUUCAACGACGACGGCCGCCGCCAGAACUACACGCUGCACGUCGUCGAGAUGACGAUCAACAGCGCCAUGGUCAAGGUGGCGGAGUGGUCGGACGAGACGGGCCUGACGCCGGUGGCCGCCAAGUACGUCCGGCUGCGGCCCAACGGCGAGUACCAGAAGAACAGGACGUACAUCGUCACCACCAUAGUGGAGGAGCCGUACAUCAUGAUGCGGAAGGCGAUGCCGGGCGAGACGCUCAGGGGCAACGAGCGCUUCGAGGGCUACUGCAAGGACCUGGCCGACCUCAUCGCGCGCACGAUCGGCAUCAACUACGAGCUGCGCAUCGUCAAGGACGGCAAGUACGGAGCGGAGAACCCCGACGUGAAGGGCGGCUGGGACGGCAUGGUGGGCGAGCUGGUGCGCAAGGAGGCGGACAUCGCGAUCGCGUCGAUGACGAUCACGUCGGAGCGGGAGCGCGUGAUCGACUUCAGCAAGCCGUUCAUGUCGCUGGGCAUCAGCAUCAUGAUCAAGAAGCCGGUGAAGCAGAAGCCGGGCGUGUUCAGCUUCCUGAACCCGCUCAGCAAGGAGAUCUGGGUGUGCGUCAUCUUCUCGUACGUGGGCGUCAGCAUCGUGCUCUUCAUCGUGUCACGCUUCUCGCCCUACGAGUGGCGCCUGCUGCCGCCCGGGGGCAGCGCCGCCGCCGCCGCCACCGCCACCGCCGUCGGCGUCGGCGUCUUCGACGACGCCGUCUCCGCGGGGGUGGGCGUCGGCGUGACGGGCGUCGGCCGCUGCGGCGUCCUCGCCAACGACUUCAGCAUCCUCAACAGCCUGUGGUUCGCGCUCGGGGCCUUCAUGCAGCAGGGCUGCGACAUCUCUCCCAGAUCCAUCUCGGGCCGCAUCGUGGGCAGCGUGUGGUGGUUCUUCACGCUGAUCCUCAUCUCGUCCUACACGGCCAACCUGGCGGCCUUCCUCACCGUCGAGCGCAUGGUGGCGCCCAUCAACAGCCCCGAGGACCUGGCCUCGCAGACCGAGGUGCAGUACGGCACUCUCUACCACGGCGCCACCUGGGACUUCUUCAGGAGGUCGCAGAUCACGCUGUACAGCAAGAUGUGGGAGUUCAUGAACUCACGGAAGAACGUGUUCGUGCGCACGUACGACGAAGGUAUCCGGCGAGUGCGGACCUCCAAGGGCAAGUACGCGCUGCUCAUCGAGUCUCCCAAGAACGAUUACAUCAACGAGCGGGAGCCGUGCGACACCAUGAAGGUCGGCCGCAACCUGGAUGCCAAGGGCUUCGGAGUCGCUACCCCGCUAGGAUCGCCUCUCAGGGACCCGAUUAACCUGGCUGUUCUGACGCUGAUCGAGAACGGCGAGCUGACCAAGCUGAAGAACCGCUGGUGGUACGACCGCACCGAGUGCAAGCACAGCGACAAGCAGGACGCGACGCGGAACGAGCUGUCGCUGAGCAACGUGGCGGGCAUCUUCUACAUCCUGAUCGGCGGUCUGCUGCUGGCCAUCCUGGUGGCGCUCGCCGAGUUCUGCUACAAGUCGCACUCGGACGCGGCGCGCGCCAAGAUUCCCUUGUCGGAUGCCAUGAAGGCGAAGGCGAGGCUGACCAUCGGUGGAGGAGCCGACUUCGAGAAUGGACGGUACUACACGCCGGCCAACCAGAUCAACAGCGCGGACGGCGACCAGCUGCACAGCAACACACACACGCAGGUCUGAGUGUGGCUGUCUGUCCGUGUUUCUCUGCCCAGCCGCCUACGUCACUCCUGCGCAUGCGCGGCCGCCGCCAGUGGCGCCACGUUCGAUCAGCGGUCUCUCAAUGAAACAGCCAGUCGUCGCCUGGAUCGCCAGCGCGCCGCAUGCAGUCACGCCGUCCGCCGAUGCAAUCACCGUCGGAAUUCGACAGUCCUACAGUCACGACAUGGGAUAUGAUAUUCAUCUGUCCCCUACUGGCUCAUAAAAUUUUCCAACCUAUCAGAAGACACGUUACUCACUUUGUAAUACUUCAGUGCUCAAAAUUACUGCUCAUGUACAUUCUACUUCAUCUCCGCCCUUUGUUUAUACCUGAUCCCAGCAGUAACAAAAUGAAGAGCUGUCGUAUUAGUUAUCGUUUCCUUCGUUUCCACAUCCAUUCAGAACGUACCCAUGUCUCGAAGUGAAACCGCAAUUUUGUACCUGAUCGAAGUAUGUAGAAUGUAACAAAGGUGUUGAAGGGCAAUGUAAAUAAGUCAAGUAAAAUGAUACAAAUUGCCUUGCUCUCAGCCAUUCACCGUCUAAAUGCGAAUUAUUUGUCCGAAAAGUGGCGUUUCGCCUCUGACCUCGGAGACUGAUGUUUAUAGAAACAGUAGCACGCAGAUUUUUUUGUAACUGCGUCACGUUUUGGAUGAGAGGAGCUUAAUAAAAAGUCUGAGAAUACCUCCUGCAUCAUGUAAAGCCGUAUCUUCGGUGAUAAUGUUGCACACGAUAUUCUAAAAAUGGAAAAAUGUUAAAUUCUGAAGAAUUCACAAAUCUUGCUCUGCUGAAGAAAGAAGAUCAGUUGUUGUGGGACACGUGCUUGGAGAAGCUGCCUGAAUAUCGCAUCAUUAAAAAAGGACGAUAUUUUAUUUAGGAUAUUUGUAAUAGACACAAAACUGCACUAUACACGCCUGGGAAUUUAGAUUUGUUAUACUUGGUUAUUUUCUUCACUUAUCAUAGCGAAAGCCAUCUAAA